CGGCGAAGUAGGCUUUCUGCAGGGGCAUAACAUGAUGAAGGAGUCUGUGUGGACGAAGUGAUAUGUGGAUUAGGAAGAGGGGUAACGGAUGGAGACAAAACCAGGGCAGGUUAGGAGUGGUGAAGACAGGGGUGGUAGAGUAGCCGAAAGGUGGGUAACAGACGGAGAUCAAACCAGGGGAAAUAACGUCGACGAAGACGGGGGGGAUGAAGUCAGAGGUGAUGAAGUCAGGGGUGAUGAAGUCGGGGGAAAUAAAGUCAGGGGUGAUGAAGUCAGGGGUGGUGAAAUGGAUGAAGCAAAGACAAGGGGGGCAGUCGUAGGUGAGACCCGAAGAGGGGACUCUGCAGGUGGUAAUGCAGGUAGGGGCACGGAUGCCAUGGAGGAACACACUGAGACCAAGGGCGACACAGCAGUUGUGGUGACCAUGGAUGCGAUGGAGGAACCUACCGAGACCAAGGGCAACACAACAGUUGCAGGUCGAGUUGCUCCCGUAGAAUCAAUCGUAGAAGCAACCAAGACCAAUGAGGAAGAGGUUGCGAACCGAAAAGGGCAGCCAGGGUCACAAACGGCAUGGAAAGGGUUACUAAGACUGAUGAGGACGCAGGUGCAACAGACACAGGUAAUGAAGAAGAGGCUGUGAUAGGUGUGACAGGCGCCGGUAAUGAAGAAGGGGCUGUGAC